CACAUCUAUUAUAUAUUGGUACAUCUUUAAUAUUCUUUUUAUCAUUUUCCUUGAUACUUGUUUUCACCAUGUUGUUUCCCUUUGAACAUGAAAUAUUGUUGCAGCCCUCUUUGCUUACAAAUUUUCCAAGUCUAAAUGACUACUACUCUCUUGAUGAUCCAUAUUGUCAUAACUAUCAACAUUCACAUGAGAUGGUUAAUGAAGAAUCCUUGAUGGUGCCACAAAAGGAAGAGAAGUUGAAAGAGAUUAGUGAUAAAGUAGAAAUUAAUGCCACAUCACAAUUAAGUUUUCUUGGUGAAAAUAUUGAAAAUAGCCAAGCAAAUGACAGCAAGAAGAAGAGGAAAAGAACAAGAAUGAAGAGUAGUGAGGAAGUUGAGAACCAAAGAAUGACACAUAUUGAAGUGGAGAGGAAUAGAAGGAAGCAAAUGAAUGAACAUCUUCAUGUAUUGAGGUCUCUCAUGCCAAGCUCCUAUGUACAAAGGGGAGAUCAAGCCUCAAUUAUUGGUGGAGCAAUAGAAUUUGUCCGAGAAUUGGAGCAACUCUUGCAAUGCCUUGAAUCACAGAAGAGAAGGAAAAUCUAUGGCGAUGAUUCAUCAACAUCAAUCAUGGAAAUUCAAAAUCCUCCACAGCCACCAUUAGUUUUUGCUCCUAAUUUUCCUCUUGCAAAUGAAAAUGAAAAUGAAAUUGGAAUUCAAGAAGAAACAGCUGAGAGCAAGUCAUGUUUGGCUGAUGUUGAAGUGAAGCUUAUAGGUUUUGAUAAUGCCAUGAUCAAGAUUUUGUCAAAAAGAAGGCCAGGCCAACUCAUUAACACUAUUUCUGCUUUAGAAGAUUUCCAGCUUAACAUUAUUCAUACAAAUGUUACCACCAUUGAACAAACUGUUCUAUAUUCAUUCAAUGUUAAGAUUUCUGGUGAAACGAGGUUUACAGCUGAUAAUAUAGCAAAUUUGAUCCAGCAAAUAUUCAGUUUUUUCCAUGCAAAUAGUGCCAUAUGAAGUAAAGGCAAUUGUCACCAUGUGUUUCUCUCUAUUCCUUAUGGUGUAAGCUACAACAAAAUUUUGAUUGCAUCAAGAUUGUGGUGUAGGAUCAACGAAAUAGGUAAAUAAGAAAAUGAUCAUUGUGUAAGCAGAAACAAAAAAUAUUAAGUGAUUUUUGUCCAUUUGGCCAACUUGGAUUGAUAGAAUUGCUCGAUGUCUCUGUUGGUGAGAGAUAGUAGGUCCAAAAGAGCAAUCAACGUACACACAAUUCAGAUGUCACGAUCAUCCCCCC